AUGCACCUUUCAGCUGUUUUGGUAGCCCUCACUGCGGUAGCAGGGCAGCAGCACUGCGAGUACCACGACGACAACAUCCAGCUUCAGCAGUUCUACCGCAUCAUCAUCAUCACCCUCAAGCUCCACCCACUUUUCCUCCACCUAUUCGUCAUCGUCGUCCUCCCCUUCAUCGACGUCAGCUUCGGCGUCCUCGACGAGUUCGAGCACCCCUUCGGCAAGCAGUUCCGCCCAGCCAUCGUCCAGCAAUACACCAUCGAGAUCAGCUACUACCUCCGCCCCGUCACAAACUAG